AAAUUUCAAACUGGAUCAGGUGGAAGUAUCGGAGUGGGAGUGAGGGAUGGUUGUUAGAGGUUGGGUUGGGAAAUAGUCGAAAAACCUAAAUGGAGUGGGUGUUGGUAGUUUGAAUGGGAAUAGGAAGAUGAAGAAAAAGGUGUCAGCAAUACUGUAUCACUAUCCUUGUCCAGACGGCGCUUUCGCUGCAUUGGCGGCUCACCUUUACUUCUCCGCCACAUCGCUCCCUGCUCUCUUCUUUCCCAACACUGUCUACAAUCCCAUCAAACCUCAAAACCUUCCUCUCCAUGAAUAUGAAAUCGGUGAUCUCUACCUCCUUGAUUUCGUGGGUCCCUCCGGAUUUGUCCAACAACUCUCCUCCAUAGUUGACAGAGUAAUCAUCUUGGACCAUCACAAAACUGCGCUAUCCGAAACUUCGCUUCUUCCUCCUGACAAUGUGAGUAAGGUGAUAGACAUGGAGAGGAGUGGGGCCACCAUUGCUUUUGAUUAUUUUAAGGAUAAGCUUAUUAAUGAUAAUAAUAAACAUGAUGAUGGUCAUUUGGGUGUAUAUGAGCGUGUUAGGCCACUGUUCGAUUACAUUGAAGAUGGAGAUCUUUGGAGGUGGAGGCUUCUCAAUAGCAAAGCUUUUAGCAGUGGUUUGAAAGAUUUGAGUAUUGAAUAUGAUGUUCGCUUAAACCCCACCUUGUUUCAACAGUUACUUGGCUUGGAUGUGGAGUCUGUGAUUACUCGAGGCAUGUUGAGCUUAUCACACAAGCAGACAUUAAUAGAUGAUGCUCUCAACCACUCUUAUCAAAUUGCCCUUGCUGCUGGACGUUUUGGACAUUGCCUUGCUGUUGAUGCAGACUCCAUUUCAGAGUUGAGGAGUGAAUUAGGGCACCAAUUGGCUACCAAAAGUCGUAAUCAAAAUUUGAGGGGCAUUGGAGCUGUUGUAUACAGAGUCCCUGAGCUUGAAAAUGACCAGUUGCUGAAAAUAAGCCUUAGGAGUAUGGACAGUGAAGACACAACACCCAUCUCACAGGAAUUCGGAGGUGGUGGACAUCAAAAUGCCAGUUCUUUUUUGUUGAGCUUUGCAGAAUUUGAGCAGUGGAAGGUUUGUGGAACUGUUUAAAUAUAGGUAAGUUGUGGUCCUUCAUCACCAAGAGCCUUGUAGUUUAAUAAUAUUGCUUAGUGUUAUUUAUGAGGAGAACGAAGGUUUAAACCUCCUCACUUGUUGUAACAAUUGAAUUAUCAAAGAACAAAGGUUGUAGCACUUCAGCCCAUAACUGUAUGAACAAAGCGGAAGCUAUGAUCAUAAAUAUGGACAUGUUGAACUUCUA